CUUAGUUCACACUCAUCAAAAAUAGAAACAAAAUACAAACUUUUUGCAACAAUUCAGUUUUCGAGUUAUCACCUUUCAAAAACAACGCCAAAGUAGUUGCCCCACUAACUCACAUUUUCCUUUAAAACAGUCAUUAACCAACAGCCAAAGUGAUUUUCCUAAAGCAAUACAUCGAAGACCUCCGCAAAAUCAUUGAGGAGAAAAUGUCACUAAAUCCUAACGGGUAUAAGCUAACCGAUAAAACGGGAAAGCUUACAGCAUAUGAUCUCUUGCCAACUACAGUCUCUGCUGGCACUGAGACGCGUGAAUUCCUAUUAAAAGUUAUUGAUGUGCUUUUGGAUUUUGUUAAAGCAACCAAUGAUCGCAAUGAGAAAGUCUUGGACUUUCAUCAUCCUGAAGAUAUGAAACGUCUUUUGGACUUAGAAGUACCAGAUCGAGCUGUGAACUUGCAACAAUUGAUAGAGGAUUGUGCUACAACACUUAAGUAUCAAGUAAAAACAGGACAUCCUCAUUUCUUUAAUCAAUUAUCAUGUGGCCUGGACGUUAUAUCCAUGGCUGGCGAGUGGCUGACUGCAACUGCUAAUACCAACAUGUUCACAUAUGAGAUUGCACCAGUUUUCAUUUUAAUGGAAAAUGUAGUGCUAAGUAAGAUGCGCGACAUCAUUGGCUGGCGCGGUGGUGACUCUAUAUUGGCACCUGGUGGUUCUAUAUCAAAUUUGUAUGCAUUUUUGGCGGCACGUCAUAAAAUGUUUCCCAAUUACAAGGAACACGGUGCUGCUGGCUUACCAGGACAAUUGGUAAUGUUCACUUCUGAUCAAUGCCAUUAUUCGGUUAAAUCGUGCGCAGCUGUCUGUGGUCUCGGCACAGAUCACUGCGUGAUGGUGCCAUCAGAUGAGCAUGGCAAGAUGAUAACUUCAGAACUGGAAAGGCUCAUAUUGGAACGCAAAGCUAAAGGACAUAUACCAUUCUUUGUUAAUGCAACUGCUGGCACAACUGUGCUUGGCGCAUUCGAUAAUUUGAAUGAAGUUGCCGAUAUUUGUCAAAAAUACAAUUGCUGGAUGCAUGUUGAUGCUGCAUGGGGUGGUGGACUAUUGUUAUCGCGGAAAUACCGUCAUCCUAGACUUUCAGGUGUUGAAAGAGCUGAUUCAGUUACUUGGAAUCCACAUAAAUUGAUGGGUGCCUUAUUGCAAUGCUCCACAAUACACUUCAAGGAAGAUGGUCUUUUGAUUAGUUGCAAUCAAAUGUCUGCUGAGUAUCUCUUCAUGACCGACAAACAAUACGACAUCAGCUAUGAUACUGGCGAUAAAGUCAUACAAUGUGGACGUCAUAAUGACAUUUUUAAAUUGUGGCUACAGUGGCGUUCUAAGGGAACCGAAGGAUUUGAACGCCAACAGGAUCGUUUAAUGGACUUGGCACAUUAUCAAGUUAGACGUAUCAAAGAACAAUCUGAUCGCUUCCAUUUGAUUUUGGAACCAGAAUGUGUUAAUGUCUCAUUUUGGUAUAUACCAAAGAGAUUGCGAGGUAUUCCACAUGACAGCAGAAAAGAAAAGGAGUUGGGAAAGAUCUGCCCUAUUAUUAAAGGACGCAUGAUGCAGAAAGGUAGUCUAAUGGUUGGCUAUCAGCCUGAUGAUCGUCGCCCCAAUUUCUUCCGAUCAAUCAUAUCAUCGGCAGCCGUUACCGAACAGGAUGUUGAUUUCAUGUUAGAUGAAAUUCAUCGCUUGGGUGAUGAUUUGUAAGAAGUCUGAAGAGCGCACAACGCAAUCUGCACUACGAAACUUAACUAACUUAACUUCAUUUUAUAAAUUUAAAUUUUAAUAGUUGUACUUUUUGGCCAUAGCAUCAACAUUGGCUAUUUACAAUUUAUGAUAUAAAUAAUGGUAUUAAAACGGUACAAGGUACAAGGUACAAGGUUUUGUGAGUAGCCAAUUGCAAUAUGUUCGAAUGAUCGAAAUUAGUAAAUUUUAAUUAGUUCAAUUAAUACAGAGAAGUAUAUAAAUGUAUAUAUGUCCUUAACUAUAUAUAUGCACAUAUAUAUAAAUGUACAUGUGUAUGUAUAUAUAGUAGAUACAAAACAUUAUUCAACCAAGAACUAUCUUUAAGGCAAAGCAUAUCAUAAAAAUUGCAUUAUAGCUACCAGCUAUAAUGCAAAUCAUCCAUUUACUAUGUUACUAUAUUCAUAAAUUUAUUUAUACAUAUAUAUAUAUAUAUAUGUUAUAUAUAAAAUACUAUAUAAAAUUAAAACCAAUGCUUGUAGAUAUAAAACAUAAAAGAGCAAUGAAGAAUAUAUAAAAAGAACUACAAGUGCGGCGAGUACAUACGUACCUAUUGCAUAUCUACCAAA